CUCGACUCAGUUGAGUUUCCGCGCUGUUUUAGGUGGCCCCACCGAGUAAUCCAAAUCACAAACUUAACUUGUUCUCUUCUUCCAGGGGAGAAACUGCGUAGCAAUUUAUCUAAAAUGGCAAUGGUGGUGUGGCUAUUCGUGGCGUUGGUCUUGACUCAGAGCUACACGGCUAACCUCACAUCUAUGCUCACUGUCCGGCGACUCAGACCAAGUGUGGUGGAUGUCGAGUCGUUGAUAAAGGGCAAAGAAAAGGUGGGGUGCGACGUUGGAUCGUUCAUGUCAGCGUACUUGGAAAAGGUGGUGGGCUUUGGCGCGGGAUGCGUGCAAACCUACAAGUCGGAUGAGUACGCGAAGGAACUUUCUAAUGGGACCAUCAAAGCAGCCUUCCUUGAAAUCCCAGCCAUUCAACUCUUCCUUGAUGAGAACCCCAGCGGUUUUACCGUCACUGGACGCACUUACGAAAUUGGAGGAUACGCCUUUGUAUUCCGAAAAGGUUCAGAUCUCGUUGCAGGGGUCUCCGAUGAGAUUCUAAAACUGAGGGAAAAUGGGAAAUUGCGGGAACUAGAGGAUAAAUUACUUUCUUCUCACAAGCGUUUGAGCAUUGACGAUGGGGAUGAAAAUAGCAGGCUAAGCCCAGAUGGCUUUUGGGGCCUCUUCGUAGUAACAGGCGCCAUGUCGACGUUUUCUCUUCUUAUAUUCCUUGUAAACCGACUCCGCAACAAUUGGCAAUACAAGUAUUAUCCUCAGAUCCAAUUGGUGGGGCAGAGAGUUGGGAAGAUUUUUGGGCCCAGGAGAUUCCACAACAAUGAUGAUCAUGGCCCACACGGCGAGGUGAUGGAGUUGCCCCAUUUCAGAAGGUGCAACACUGUCUAGAAGCCUUCAACCAUAUCUCUUAUGAGUGAGCCAAGGUAUCAGCACAUGUGGGGGGCUUUUGUUCGGCGUUUGCAGAUGUGCGUCUGCUUUUUCUUGUGUUGUACCCUGUGGAUACUUGCUAAUUUGGAUGUAAAGAUGUAGUUCGGUAUUUUUCUUUGGGUGCUCCUCCUCGGCCCUUUUGUUUUUUUCCAGAUAGGGAAGCGCCCA